GGGGCCGGGGCGGGCGGGGCGCUGUCCCCGCGGCGGGUGCUGAAGGGGCGGCCCCGCACCGGCACCUGCCGCCCGGCGCGACCCGCUCGGCGCGGAGCUGCAGCCGCCAGCGGCCGGCCAUGGCCGCGCUCCUCUGCCUCGUGUUGUUCAUGUACUUCACAAAUAUAUCUACUGCCCAGACUACUGACUGUCUGCACUUGAGGGAGCAAUGUAUAAAUGCUGCAAAUGGAUGUGAGAGUGUCUGGACUAUUGUUGAAGAUGUCUGCAAUAUUUCAGUUCUAGGUAAUAGAUGCAAGGCAGAAGAUGCUAUUGGAUGUAAUAGAAUCAUCCAGGUCCUGGCUGACGAAUACCCAGAAUUUAAAAACUGUGUCUGCACAACAGAUGAUCUCUGUAGCAUCACGACUUUGCUUGGGAAACAAUGCAGCAUUGAUAAAGAAUAUCUAGAAACUACCUCAAGAUCAGACAUUGAACUGAGUUUUAGGCAACACAGAAACCCCAAAGACCAAAGACAUCCAGAAGAAUUAGAGAAUGACUGCAGUAUUGCAAAACAACGCUGUCGAGAGGACCCUUACUGCUUUUUUGUGUAUAAGAGCUUCCAGCGAGCAUGCCAGGUGGAUGCAGCAAAAUGCAGGCUCCCACCGGUCAACCAGGAGUGUUUGUCAGCAUGGAAAGAACUGAGGAAAACAGUUCUGGGAGAGUGCAAGUGCUCAGAACCACUUCAGAUGAAAUGCAUUAAAAUAUGGAAAGGAAUAUUUAACAACCCUUGCUUACAAUACUCUCAAGAGAGCCAAGCUUCAGCAGGUAGUGAAAAUGAUGAUGAUCAUGAUGACGACAAUGAUGAUGAUGUUGAUGAUGAGAAAAAUCAGGACACCGACACAGACAGUAUUAGUACAGAAACAAAAUUACAAUGGACUUUAUCUGCUCUCUCCAAACAAGCAUACACAGCAAACAGAACCUGUUUGGAUGUGAACAAGGAGUGUGUUGAAGAUGAAGUAUGUAACAAACAGCUGUCCCUGUACCUUAAGGUUUGCUCAGUAAAUAAGAAGUGCAACAUGGAAGAAUGUCAAGCAGCCAUAAGGUUCUUUUAUCAAAACAUGCCUUUUCAAGUUGCACAAAUGAUGACAUUUUGUGAUUGUAUCCAGCCUGAUGAAUCCUGCCAUAGGGCCAAAGAACUUCUCCAUGGCGAGCCCUGUGCAGUUACUGCAGUUCCAACCCCGUCGUGCCUGAAUGUAAUCCACAUGUGUGAAGAGAAUGAAUUGUGCAGGAAAAAAUACACAACUUUUUGGGCAAAGUGUUGGAGACACGUGACAAAAAAAUGCUAUAAUGAUAAAGCUUGUCUUGAAACUUUAAUCAAGGAUGACAUGCCCUGUUCUGCAAACGCUGAUUGCAAAGCAGCCUACAUUAGCAACUGGGGCACAGUGCUGCGCGUGGAGUGUACCUGUCAGAAUUUGCCUCCUGUGGAGCAGUCUUUGUGCAAGCUCUUCCAUCACAUGCUUCACAGCAAAUCCUGCUUCAACGAGUUACGUCAAAUUUCCAUUAAGAAGGCUUUUCAUUGGGUAAAUACAGAAAUGCCAGGAGAAAAGCUUUCCAGAGCACAGCUCCAUUCUUCUUCAAUUAAUGGUGAAACAGUCUACAUUAUUGCCUAUUCCUCCUGCAUAGCUCUCAUCCUAGGAAUAGUCCUGUUGACUCUCCUAAAGAUCAGAGCCUGCAGAACAAAACAUGAGUCAAGAAGUCCCUCGCCAGACCAUUCUUCUGAAACAUUUAUGGUCCAUUAUAAAAGUCACAGAUGAACUACUCUGUUGCUUAUGCUUUUUAAGGCUAUUCUUGAAAGCCAGCCUGUUGUACAUAUGUGAUAAUAAAAUAUAUAUUAGAAAAACUACUAUAAAUUAUGGAAUUUUGUAGUUGAGCAUACAAAAGAUUUUUAUAUUUAUUAACACAUAUUAAACCUUUCACAAGCUAAAAAAUAGUAGAACUGUACUCUCUCUCAUUUGCGUAGAUUCAGAGAUCUGUCCCGAGAUGCACAUUUCCUACAUCUUUAGAUGCAAACGACAAUGCUGUAUCAGCAUGAAUCUGCCUAGCAGUGGCGCCCACCCUUCUGGUCUGAACUCAUCUGGCAGAAAGGAAAAAAAUCCACUCAGAAACAUUUUAAGGAGCCGUUAAAAAGUACAUAUGUGGUAGUUUUGUAUACUAGGUUACCAAGUACCCAGUGCCAUGUUCGUAAGGCAGCACUCACAGGUAGGCCGCCUGUAGUUUGAUAGUGAAGCACUUGGUGGGGCAGGAGGAGACCAGGAUUACAACCAUUUUCAGUAUGAAAGGAAUUAAACUCAUGAUCUGAGCUAAUGUUUUGACUCCAGUAAGUUUUUGCUGAAACUGGUUAUUCUUUCUCCUCCUUCAAGAAGAAAUGAGCGAGCCUUUCCAAUUCAAAUACAGUAAUUUUAGAAAGCCUUUUAUGGUCUGAAUGCCCUGUGGAGACAGCCACUUGCUUGGGGCUGAAGUGAAGUGCCUUCUUCUUGAGAGAGAAGUUACGACCCAUCUCAUCAUCUGUGUUUCCUAUUCGUUGUCUCUAGGCAAUACCCGAAGUGCCUAAUUCUCCCCAUGCAAUGUACUGGGAGUCACGGUCCCUAACACACUGGAUCCCACUUUCUGGCUAUGAGCUCUGGAUUUCUCCCCGUAGCUGAGUUGUUUUGCUAGAUUUAAGCUUCUAUUUACUAGCAAUCGGUUGUCUUUGUCAUAUCUUUGUAACAAACUGGUUCUGGUCAGCACAGGAUAAUGGACUGGUAUUUCUUAUACAACUGUUACCAUAAGUAGCAUAUGUAUUGUCUUGUUAUGAUAGCAUCCGAUAAAUUUUUAUUUUUAAUUUAAUUUGAAUUUUGUCUGAAUUACCACUAAAUGUAACUCACACAAAAACAGCAUCAGGAAUGAAAUACUGGUUCCACUGAAUUCAGUUCCAGUUUUGACCACGACUGAUUCAGAUCUAGUGCUAGAAAUUUUUGGUGUGAUCAGAAGAGCAGGAAUCUCUUCUCUUCAGUGUGACUAUUGCUUGUGGCUUUGGUGCCUGUGAAAUGGUUCUGUGUGUGAGCAAAAUCUUAGGGGUACAAUUCAGUUGGAGAGAGAUUAGAACUUUUCAACAAUAACGACAACAUGCACUUCCUCUUUAUCUAGGAUCUGCAUAAAACUAAUUUUUGUUUUGCAAUCAAAUACUAUCUCAUUACUCAAUCAGCCUUUGGACAAAAAUACCACAGAAAAGUGGAAAGUUGGUUAGUUUGUUAAUCAAAGCAACCUCUUUUUAUCAGUCCAGCAAUUUGCAGCAUUUAGGUUACCUUCCAUCACGUAGGUAUUUUGAAAGGAGUACAUUAAUAUUCUUCAUCUUAAAACCAUAAAGAGUAAAAAGUUCAAACUGAAAAUGCCACUGAGAGUAUGUUCUCAUCAGUAUUGGAUAAAAACAUUUCUUUAUAUAGGAAAUAUACAUACGAAGUGAACCCUGUGUUCAUUUUCAGUCUGACUUAAAAAAAAAAUGAUGCAAUGCUGCUAAACCCUCUGUGUCACAAAAUUUGAGGAAAUCCAUUUAUAUUCAUAUUUAACUAAACCUCAAUCAUAAAAACAUCUCUUGUAACUUUUUCUUCUGAACUCUUUGUUUUCUAACAUUUAGAUGCUAGAAACUUUCCUCAUAUAUGUGCUUAGACACACACACACAAGUAUGUAAAAUGUAUUUGAAGGUAAGUAUGUGAGUUACUCUGAAAGACAGCAACGUAUUAGUGGCUAUUGUGUCGCUUCUGUAAUUUCACAGGCUCUUCAUUAGGGCUGACUUUAAUGCCUAAUGAAAAAGUACAUUUCCUCCAUUACACAUGUAAAAUGUAUUCUUCUGAUUUAUAUUUCCUAGUGACGCUGGAUUUUGUCAAUUGUAUCUAGGCAUUAAUUAUUAAAUAAAGGCAUUUCUGC